GUUUGAUUAGAAGUUUUAAAUCCCAUAUCUUAAUUAGAAAUCAGGAAAUGAUUUAAUUCAGUGUCAGGGACUCACGGUGUCACUUUACUGAGAAAACAACAAAUAUUUUAUCUACAAGAUGUCAGUUGUAGUGGAGACCACCAUUGGAGACUUCACAGUUGACCUCUAUACUGAGGAACGCCCUAGAACUUGCCUGAACUUCCUGAAGCUGUGCAAGCAGAAGUACUACAACCUGAACCUGCUGUACAGCGUUGAGAGGAACUUUGUGGCUCAGACUGGCGACCCCAGCGGCACUGGCCGUGGAGGCUCAUCAAUCUUCAGCAAGAUGUUCGGGGAUCAGUUUAAUUUCCAGAAGAUACCAAUUUGCCACUUCCAUUUUACAUCAACGUCUCUUCAUCUGCCCUCAUUGAGCAGGUACGGGUCACAGUUUUUCGUGACGCUGGGAGAGCAGCUCGAGGCUUUGGAUGAAGAACAUCUCGUGUUUGGGCGGGUCACUGAGGGUUUGGACGUCAUCGCUAAGCUCAAUGAUGUGUUAACGGACGAGAAGAACCGCCCUUACCAAGACAUUCGCAUCACACACACCGUGAUUCUGGACGAUCCAUUCCCUGACCCUGAUGAUCUUGAGUUCCCUGAUUCCUCGCCACCACCUACAGCAGAGAUGUUGGCGUCUGAUUACAUCGGCGCAGAUGAGGACAUUGAAGCCUCAAAGGAUAAGGAUAUCAAGGAAAUUGAGGAGGAAAUAGCCGAAAAGGAAGCCAAAGCCCGAGCUACCAUCCUUGAAAUGGUAGGAGAUUUGCCAGAUGCCGACAUGGCUCCUCCAGAGAAUGUCUUGUUUGUGUGUAAACUGAACCCCGUCACCACUUCUGAAGAUCUUGAGAUCAUCUUCAGUAGGUUCGGAAAAAUUAACUGCACGGAAGUUAUCAGAGACAGAAUAACUGGCAAGUCUCUUCAAUACGCAUUCAUUGAGUUUGACAACAAGAAAUCCUGUGAAGACGCCUAUUUUAAGAUGGACAAUGUCGUCAUUGACGAUCGGAGGAUACAUGUUGACUUCAGUCAGUCCGUGUCUAAGGUCAAGUGGCAAGGCAAAGGCCGCAACGUUCUGCAUUUUGAUGAUAAAGGCAGACGUUUGCCCGACCAACAUGGAGCGUUUUCUCACAAACCUAAACCCAAAAAGGAGAAACCGUCCAGUCGUUUUAUCGACACGGCGGCUUACGCCCAGAAAUACAAAGAAGAGCACAACCAUCAGCGAUUGAGCAACGGUGACUCGAUGCGAAGACCUCACUCGGGCGGUAACGCGUCUCCUGGGCGGAGGCCUGUUGAUGAUCGCAUCAGUGACCACAGCCGUCGUGAACAUCGCGAUAUGGACAGCAGCAGAAACAAUAUGGACAGUUAUAGACACGAGACAAACCACGGCAGAGACAGAAGCAGAAAUGAGAAGCACAGAGACGAGUAUGAGGCGAGAGGAGGUUCGAACUAUCAUGAGAUGAACCGUGACAGGAAUGUGCGGGAUAGAGGCAGGCACGAAUUGGACAGAGGCAGGCACGAAUUGGACAGAGGCCGGCACGAAUUGGACAGAGGCAGGCACGAAUUGGACAGAGGCAGGCACGAAUUGGACAGAGGCAGGAACGAGUUGGACAGAGGCGGGGUGCGUGAGGGAGACAAAUGCAGGACGCAUGAGGGAGACAGAGAUAGGUAUGAUCCUGACAAAAAUAAGUAUCAUAGGCACAGAGGAAGAGACUCUGAUGAGAUCGACAAUGGCAUCGACCGGCACAAGUCGGACGCAAUCCGAGAAGAUACGAAUACAGACAGAACAGAAACGGAUAGAAUCAGACGUCACACGAACAAUAAAAGACACGAGCUUAACACAGGAAUAAGUCGGGAUUUUGAGCUUGAAUCUUUUCGUCGCGGCCCACGAGAUUCGCCCUCGUCAGAUCGCGACGACCAGACGACCGAGCGUCGCGAGCUCAUGCAGCGGCUGCGCGCUGACCUCGGCAGCGGCGCACGCAUCAAGAACAAAACCAAGCACCGCGACGACAGCGAGGCAGCACAGGAAAACAAAUCCAAGAAGAUUAAGAAGAAAAGGAAACUGAGUAGUUCUUCAUCCUCUUCAGAUGAAAAGGAAUCUUCCCAUAAGAAAAAUAAGCGACGUAAAGAAAAAUCUAAAAAGAAAACAAAGAAAAGAAAUAGAAAAGUAUCGUCAUCAAGUGCAUCUUCUUCUAGUGAGUCGUCUUCAGAUUCUUCCUCGGAUUCAGAAGAAGUAAAAAGACGGAAGAAAAAGAAAUCAAAGAAAGUCAAACAUUCAUGAUUUUAUAUUUAUUAGCGCACGUCUUAGAAUUAUCUAAUGAGGUAAAUAUUUGAUUUUGAAUUCCAAUGCUUGUGCGCAUUCAUCAACGUGGAUCACACCCGCAAACAAACGUGUAAUUUAAAUUUUCAAUGAACAAUUAUUCUUGCUGGCUCUGAGUCAACAUAUCGCUGAUAUGCAUAUUUAGUUGCAUCAAAUGGUCUUGCCUGAUCAAAUAAUCACAAAGCCCUUGCAAUCCCAACUUUUUACCGGCGGUUGAAUUAUUCAUAUAUGGUCCACUUCCGUAUUGCAGUCGAUGCUUGCGAGUGAUGCAGCUUAGCUCAGUCCGGAAAUUGUGCGCUCGUCCCGAGUGAGGAUACCAUAAAAAAAUGACAGUACUGUGGUUUUUCACACAUAAUUUGCUAUUUAAAUAUAGGAUUAAAACCACCAAAUCAAAUUUC